AUGGAACCAUUAGCAAUUUUCACUUCACUUGCAGACCAGUAUACAGUAGUAUUAUCAGUACUAGGUUCCGGUACACCUGCAGGUUCCGGUACACCUGCAGGUUCCGGUACACCUGCAGGUUCCGGUACACCCGCAGGUUCCGGUACACCCGCAGGUACCGGUACAUCCACUGGCACGUACGGCGGCACAACCAUCGAGUACAUGUACAACUACGGCACGCCGACUCCGUACUCCGUGCAGCACGACCUCCUGUCAAGGUGGCGAGGCCAGCCUGUCGCCGGCUUCCUGUGCACGCAUCCCCCCGUCUGCCGUGCUUGCGGCCGACUCCAUCGUUCGCAUGCCGUCCUCGCCUCGCCAACCGUGACACCGGCGGCUCCUCCAACUUCCAUACGACACGUCGGGGCCCCCGUCGGAGGCGGCCGUGCAGCGCUGCCGCGACACCACUGCCCAUCACGAGCGGGCCACGCCUCGCCACCCGCUGGCCACGCCUCGCCACCCGCUGGCCAGCGGUUCCCAAGCACGACAGCGGGCGUGCCGGGUGCUGUCGUUUCGGGCACGGAGGGCAGCCAUGGAGAUUCAGUUUUCUCUUUCCCUGACGGGUGCCGACCAGAGCAGCUCGACGCCGUCACCCACCGCCAGGUCGACCUGGUCGGCGUCGAGAGCCGCGGCCACGCACAGGUUUGCUCUCGAGUCCAGGACGAGACACACCCGUCGCAGCUCGGUGCGAGCACGCACCGGCUGCAGCACCUGAAACGACAUGUCAAGUGCGAUGAGACGAGGCCGGCCUGUCUCAACUGCCUCAAGUGGCGAGGCUACUGCGGCUCAUACGCCCGCGAGGCCGCCGACUCUCCAGCCUCGGUCGCCGGUGCGCCGGACAAGGCGAGGACCAGCCCGAAGCCCGUUGCCGCCGCGAGCGCUGCUCUGCUCCUGACCGAGCCGACCUUCCACGCCCUUCGCUUCGCCAGCGUCGAGCAACGGGCGUACUUUGACGAGUGGUGUGCCCUAUCCGUCAACUUCCUGAGCGGUGGUCUGGGCCGAACGCGGCUGUGGACGGUGACGAUGCCCCAGCUGACGUUGGAGGAGAGGACGCUUCGCUACGGCGCCAUGGCCGUCGGCGCCAUGCGCAAGGCCCGCGAGGUGGCUGCCGUCGGCGGCAACGAGCACUACCUCAACGCCGUCGUCUACUACUGCGAAGCCCUCCGCCUGCAGUCCAAGGCGAGGCCGACCGAGGAGGGGCUGAGGACCGCGCUCCUCUCGUCGCUGCUCUUCAUCUGCUUCGAGACGCAGCGUGGCAACGUCGCCGCCGCCCUCAAGCACGUCACCCACGGCUUCAGCAUGCUCAACGAGCUUGCCGCCUGCACCGAAAUGGCGCCCGCCCUGGUCCGCAUCGCCCCGGCCCCGCCCGCCCUGGUCCAGGAGAUUCUGGACUGCUACAAACCCCUCGAGAUGCAGUCUCGCUCGUUCUUGGGCUCCUACAGGAAAUUCUUCUUUCCCCCUCAGCCGCCGCCGCCGCCGCCACCGCCGCCGAGCGAUGCGCCCUCCGGCUCGCCGGCUGCUCCGCCAAAGUCGUCGCCGUGGCCGUCGCCCAUGCCGUCGCCGCACGCCGUCGCCGCACGCGCGCCCACCUCCCGGUCGCCGCGGCUCGGCCUUCCGAGUCCGCAAAGCCCUUGCAGCCCGGCGUCGGCGGCAGGCGCCGCUGGAGCUGCACCUGGAGACGUUCCCCUGUCGGGCAGACCCUCGCGCCCGCCGGGCAUCCUGCCCUUCACGAAGCUCACGCCCUACUUUCGACCCAAGCUCACGCGCAUCACGGAGUUGCGAGAUUUGCCACCCGCCUUCCGUGACAUGGACGAAGCCCACGGGUACUGGGCCCUGGUGCAGAGAAGCAUGGUGCGGAGCAUUCCCAUGCUGAGCAUGGUCACCUCGCGCCUUGCCCUGACCAAGGCGGCCAGCGAGGCGGAGGUGGAAUCCAAGUUGGCGACGGUCAAGCAGAACCCCGACGUGUCCGAGUUCGUCGCGACGUCGCGGCGCUGGCUUCGGAGCUGGAGCGACGCCUACGAGCCGCUGUUCCGGGAGGCAUGUCGGAACUCGAGCAAGCACUCGGACGUGCACCUCGAGGCCCUGAACCUCCGCGUCGAGUAUCUCCUCCUCUACAUCUACACCACCAUCCCCCGCUUCUCCGGUCUCGGCACCGCCAAGGGCCUCACGACCCAGUAUCGCGAGAUCAAUCGACUUGCCGAGACGCUUCUGUCGGCCACGCCCAGCUGUGGCUUCGCCAUGGACUCGGGCUGGACCUGGCCGCUCUUCGUCUCGGCCUUUGCGUGCAGGGAUGCCGCCGUCAGGGCCGAUGCCAUCCGGAUCCUCGGACAGUAUCCGAUCCGAAAUGCGCUGCGAGACAGCCGUGUCUUCCGGGCGAUUGCCCUGAAGAACGAAGAGGUCGAGGCGGCCGUCGCCAUGGACGGCCACGAAGCCGACCAGUGGCUUCGCCUGAGGAGGAGGGAACUGGUCUUUGAGGAUUUCGGCACGAGCAUCAUCUACCGUUCACCGCGGAAGAACCCGGCCACGGGUCAGUGGGACCUUGUCGAGGAAGUCGCAGGGUUCAACGUCGGAUCGGACGGAAAGCUUCAUUGGCAAACGCAGCCCAUUUCCGAGUCGGCCUCGAUCCUGUCGGGUGUUUGUUGA